GGCGGAUGGUGGUAUCAACAUCCUUAAAAAACGCGAUUUAAAAAUAUGAAUAAAUACGACACAGUAAAAUAAUUAACUAUGGUGAAACUUCAAAUAAUAUUCCUAUUUGCUUUGUCCUCUAUGGUAAAUGGUUCAGUAGUUGUUUCUUUUGAAGCAAAUCCGUUUUCCAAGCGUUUGUACGAUGACCUUCUUAGUAACUACAAUCGACUAAUAAGACCGGUUGUCAAUAAUACGGAAACACUCACAGUAUGGCUUGGACUGAAACUUUCCCAGCUAAUAGAAGUCAAUUUAAAAAAUCAAGUCAUGACUACUAAUUUGUGGGUUAAGCAGAAAUGGUUUGACUAUAAGCUUCGAUGGGAUCCUGAGGAAUAUGGUGGUGUCGAAAUGCUGUACGUUCCCUCUGAGCACAUUUGGGUUCCAGAUAUUGUUUUGUACAACAAUUGGGAUGGAAACUAUGAGGUUACUUUAAUGACAAAAGCAACACUCAAGUAUACAGGUGAAGUUUUUUGGGAGCCACCAGCCAUUUAUAAGUCGUCGUGUGAGAUGAAUGUUGAGUACUUUCCAUAUGAUGAGCAAAUAUGUUUCAUGAAAUUCGGUUCAUGGACUUACAAUGGUGCACAAGUUGAUUUGAAACAUCUUGAUCAGGUUCCUGGGAGUAAUCUAGUACAAAUUGGAAUUGAUUUGAGUGAAUUUUAUUUAUCGGUUGAAUGGGAUAUCCUUGAAGUUCCUGCAACAAAAAAUGAAGAAUACUACCCUGAUACAUCGGAACCAUUUUCAGAUAUAACAUUUAAACUAACAAUGCGACGGAAAACUUUAUUUUACACUGUCAACUUGAUUAUUCCUUGUGUGGCAUUGACCUUUUUAACAGUUUUAGUUUUCUAUUUACCGAGUGAUUCUGGAGAAAAGGUUACCUUAUGCAUUUCAAUCCUUGUGUCCUUGACCGUGUUUUUCCUUCUUUUGGCUGAAAUUAUUCCUCCUACUUCGUUAGCUGUUCCCUUACUCGGAAAAUAUCUUCUGUUCACUAUGAUGUUGGUUUCACUGUCAGUAUGGACCACAGUUUGUGUUCUUAAUAUUCAUUUCCGAUCCCCAUCGACCCACAACAUGUCACCAGCGGUUAAAAAGUUAUUCUUGAAGAUUAUGCCCAAAUUGAUGAUGAUGCGCCGAACUCAGUACACUUUACCAGACUAUGAUGACUCAACUCCUAGCAAUGGGUAUACCAAUGAAAUUGAUGUGAGGGAUAGUAUAAGUGACUUCCCUAGCGAAUUCAAAGACAGUCAAGACAUAAACUAUGAUACAAUGGGUUCAGGACUUCCACAUUCAAUAGAUUCGGACAACGUUAUUCCAAGAAAUUUGACACCGGAAGUUCUACAAGCAUUACGUGCUGUACGAUUUAUUGCCCAACACAUCAAAGAUGCUGACAAGGAUAAUGAAAUAGUUGAAGAUUGGAAGUUUGUAUCAAUGGUUCUUGAUCGUUUUUUCUUAUGGCUUUUCACUUUGUCGUGUAUUUUUGGCACAUUAGCUAUUAUAUGUCAAUCGCCAUCCCUAUAUGACACUCGAUUGCCAGUUGAUCAAAUGUUGAGCGAGAUACCACUUCGAAAAAACAACUUUAUGUUGCCUCCAGAUAUUGUUCGCCAAAUUGUUAAUUAAUUGAAGAAUAUUUUGACAUUUUUGAGCAAUAAUCUAAGGCUUAUACCUAUAAAAAGGAAUCCUAUAUAUUAUUUAAACAAAAACAAUAUAAGUCUCCCCUAACUGCAUUUUUAAUUGAUUUUUAAACAAAACAUUUAAUGGGCACAACUAAUUAAAAUAAAAUAAAGUAUAAAAAGUCAAUCUUUGAUAAUUCCAAAUACUAAUUGAAUUUAUCAUAAAAUAAAGAAAUUCAAAAUUUAGAAAUUUUAGAAGUUGUGACGAAAAUUAAACAUCUCAAAAAACUAACAAGUGCAUAAUUAAGUAUGAUUGUUAGCUGGUUAAAAUGCUUCAUUGGAAACAUUGUUGUUUGAACAUUGUGAUUUUGUUUUGUAAGAACUAUUCGCAAUAAAAACAAUUUACAACAUCAA